GUGCUGGUGAGGUCAAGAAAAUCUCAUUUCCGUCAAUUGACCAACAUGGAGGCGGCACUUCGCACGAUCGCCCACGUGGAACGCGGCCCUGAGCGCCAUGGCCUGACGUUGUUCAUUAUUGAUCCCCAGCGCGACUUCCAUCCUGGCGGAUCCCUUGCGAUCCCAACUGCUGACGACGAUGCUUUUCGUACAGCGGCGUUCAUUCGUUCGCACGUGAAGGACAUUAGCCAAAUCAUCAUCACGUUGGACUCGCAUCAGCGGCUGCACAUUGCGCACGGCGUAUUCUGGCAGAACCAAGCUGGUGAAAGUCCGUCUCCUUUCACACUGAUCCCGUCGGCAGACGUUGCCAGUGGGAAGUGGAGGCCAAGGUCUCCGGAACUGCAAGCGUAUGCCUACGAAUACACCAAAGCGCUCGAAGAAGGUGGGCGUUUCCAGUUAUGCAUCUGGCCUGAGCACUGCAUCAUGGGUACUCCUGGCCAAGCCAUUGUUGAUCCCAUUCACGACGCCGCCUUGGAGUGGUCGUCCCUUUCUCAUCGUCCUAUCCAAUACAUUCAAAAAGGCACCAAUUGCUUCACCGAGCAUUAUUCUGCGCUCCGUGCCGAUAUCGAGCUUCCCCACGACCCAUCUACGUCGCUCAACAUUCCUCUUGUGGAGUCCUUGAAGAAGUCCAACGUUGUUGCGGUGUGUGGCCAAGCAUUGUCACACUGUGUCAACUUCACCGUCCGGGAUUUGGUGAACGAGUGGCCGGAGGAGCGCACCAGUGACAUUGUAGUCCUCUUGGACUGCACGUCGAACGUCCCGGGAUUCGACGCCAGUGGUCGAGCUUUCAUCGACGAAUUGAGUGCGAAAGGCGUGCGCUUUGUCAAGUCGACAGAUUCCUUCCUCGCCUCCGCGCACCCUCGCAAGAUCUAAAUCGUUGGUCCGUGCCUUUGACACGAUUGGCGACGGGCCGAGCAACGACCUUCCCUUGUAGAUUGGACUGCAUCUAGAUAAAACAGUCGUGACUUUGCUACGUUGGCCAGAUUGACCACGUUAUGCAACAUUUCGUUGCUUCAAGUUACAAUUUGUUGCUGAGCAACGGCCAUGCAUUUGACACUGC